AUGAGCCUCGGGAGCUUCUGGGCGACGGUCGAGCUGCUGACGGCCCUGGAGCCCAGCAGCAAAGCCAAUCCCUUCGAGGAGACGGACGUCGACGACUGGCUGGAAGAUGUCUCGCGGAAGAUCAGGAUGCAGCUGCAGCUCAAGAGGGCCAAUCUCGGGCCAGCUCUCGUCGGCCGGCUUGACGACCACGACCACGAUCACGACCACGACCACGACCACGACGACGCUACGGAUUACGCCAAUUUGCUCGACUGCAGCUUCGCCUACUCGCCGGUGCGCUCACGCCUGGAGCAGCUGAUGGGCAGCCGCGUGGUGCGACUGACCGAGCGCAAGUACAUGCUGAAGCUGAUGUCGCGCAUACGCCAGGAGCACGAGGCGCAGCAGCAAGCUCGGAUACAGGAGCGCAAGACUCGCGAGCUGAUGCGUACCAAGCGGCUCAUCCUGAACCGCUUGAUUCCGGUCGACGAGGCGCCCGCUGAGAUCCGCGAGUACCCGCUGUUCCAGCUCUAUCUCUACUGCGACGCGAUCAUGGAGAGGCGCCGCAAGAAGAGGGCCUCCAAGGAGGUGAAGAUGCCGAGGUCGCUGUUCAAGCUGCUCUAUCCGGAGCGUCCGCCCGAAUCGGCUGAGCCGUGCGACAGCGAGGCCGGCGAGGAGGAAGCCGUGCCCACCAAGGAGAUCCUCAUCGACGGAGUGCCCACGCUGGUGCCCAUGUCCAAGGAGGAGAUCGAGCAGCAGGCCAGGGACCGUGAGCUGGCCGAGGAGGUGCGCAACGGCUACAUGCUCACCAAGGAGGAGUACGAGAGCCUGCACUACGAGGCUGAGUCCGUGAAGAAACUGAAGGAGGCCAAGACCGUCGACGAGAUGUACGCCAAGGCACACGAGAUAGUCGGCCUGCUGUACAGUCUGGCCAGCCGCGGUGCCGACAAGCGCAAGCGCUGCACCAUUAACCAGCAGAGCACCGACGACCGAGGCUCUCACGCUUGAACUGUCGUCCUGUGCAAAGGACGACUUGUAAGCUGCGCCAAAGCAGCUAUAUGUAUAUCAUCUAAUUUUUCUAGCUAUAUUGUAUCUGUAUGUUCUAUUUCCGCGGAGGCGCAGCGCACGGCGAGACACAAAUAAAUACUAUUUUUUUCAAUGGGACAUCCUCGCAGGCGGUCUGUACACCCAACACUCAAAUGAUCGCCGUGCAGACGCGUCGGCAG